CAACUUAUUAUUAUGUCACACCAAAAAAAUAGAUAAAAAUUGCUAGUAGUAUUAUUCAAGUAUUUUGGGAUUGAAAGCAAAUUUCACUUUGGGAUUUUCACAUAACGCGCAGAUAAAAUAGCCAAAUUUACAGGAACUAAGAAUAUGAACACGAAUAUAUGGAGUUCAUCUCAAAUGGCUGGUACUGGAGGCGCACUGAAGGCACUGGCCAAGAAUCUGGCCAAUCAAUUGACCCUAAAUCGAACGGAAAUGAAACGCGUGGUAGCUCGCGUCAUAUCGGAGUGCCAUGGCCAGGGUCAUGUUGGUGACUACAAUGGACACAUGUUCUAUGUGAAGCCAGAACGCAUUGAUAUGACCAAGCAGAUCACACACUCCAAAGAAGCAUUCGACGAGAUGAUACGUCAGAAGCGCGUGCGGUCCAAGAAUGAAAUGCAGCGCUCUCCCUCCGGCUCCCGCUCCCUCACAUACAAGCUGGCGGUAGGGGACAAGCCGGAGAAGAGCCUCACUGGCGUCAUCAUUGACAAGAAUCAUCUGCGACCAGGCGGCCGUUCCAGAGACAUUGUGGUUGAAAUAUCCAAGCCGAUUAUUCAAAUCAAGAGCAAGCAGCAAAUCAAACGCAAGCCUAAGCCUCCACAUAAGAGUCAGGUGAAAAGGAAAGGCCCAGCGAAAGUCCGUCCCGCCACCCUGAGCAAGCCCAAAUCCUUGAACAAGUUCCAAAGUCAGGUCAAACCAAAGCAACUUACCAAAAAGAAAUCGAUUGCCAAGGCCGAAAGGAAGCCUGCGAAGGCCAAAUUGUCGGCUGCCAAAAGUCAGCAAUCCCGUCAGACGCUGCAACCAGCCAAAGCCCGGCUACCUGCUGGCGAUGCAGUGCGUUCAACGGUGCCAGUCAUUAAAGAGGCGCCUAAAUCAAAGAGCGAUCCAUCUAGUCGCCCACGGACCCCACCAUCCACAGCUGGUACAACGCUGAAAAAGCCGGGCAUCUUGAAGAACAAGAAGAGCGUCAAGCUUACGAAAACGAAGAGCAUCAACAGCUGCAAGACCACCUUGGAGGAGAAGGGUAAAAAGAAACCGAAGCGCCUCACCGCCGGCGGCAGCGGCUUUCCAAAAACCAGUCGCAGCGUGACCUUGCCGGCAAAGAGGCGCGAGCUUCCGACCUGGCGCAAUAACUGCCAGUUCCAAGCCAACGCAGCCGCUAUCUAUCGGCAAAAUCCAGUGAACGCCAAGCUGAAAGGCAAGCCGAGGACUCGCCCAAUGCCAACUGGUAAACACAAACCGGUCCAGCCCGUAAAUAGCGUCCGGCGAAUGCGCAACAUGCGCUCGCAGGCGCGUCUAGUCAAGGAUCUGGAGGGGAAGGAGGACAUUGACGAUCCGGAGCGCUUGGAAGCAGGCAGUAUGAACCUCUAUAGAGCCAAUGAGAAUGAUCCCCCGGUCAAGCGGCUCAAGCGCGUCUAUAAGAUCAGCGCACGCCUUCAGGAGCUGGCCCAGCCGCCGCCACAUCGCAGAUUCAACCCGGAGUCGGCACCCGUUCGCUCCCGUUCUCCGAUAUUCAGGCCUAAGCCGAAGCUGAGGUCACGUCGCUGCAGACGCCGCGUUAUAGUGGACAGCAGCCUGGGCAGCAUUGAGGGCCUAAAGGCCACCUCACGCUCAGGCCUGUCCCCGGCUAAGCGCAACCUGACACUCGCCUUCAGAAACAAAGAGGGAUCACGCAGUCCACACAGUCCACGCCAAAAGCAGAGCGUGCUCUGGCGGUAAUUGGAAAUCGUUACGAGAUCGAGAUGGUAGCCGGCAGCCGGCAGCUGGAAACGGUUGACGGUUUCUUUCAUUUUGGCCCGCGGAAGCUCUCUGUUCUUCUUAUUAAACUGUUCUUAUAGUGCGUACUGACUUUUGUCCUGUUACUUUCUCGUGGGCACCCUAAUAAAUUUUGAAGUAAU